UUCCAAUUCCUUGUUGUGUUAUCACGUACGUUAUUCUAAGGUAAAUGAGUUUAAAAAAAAUGCCUGAAGAACGUUACUUGAACAUUCAAAACAUCAGGUAAUAUUGUGACAAUUUCUAAAUAAACAGCGGACAAUGUCAAAAGCAUUUAAUUAACGAGUGCUGACAUUGCUGACAAAAACGUCACUCUCGCAUUAGUAAUUAAUAUGAUGCGUUUAAUUGUUUAAUUGAUUGAUUGAUUGAUUGAAUAAAUGAUUGAUUGAAUAUGACUCUUUUAGUCAAACCUGUUACUAAAUGCAGGUUAACAAGGUAAAUCUGAGCUUUACGUCACAUUGGAAUAGUUUGAUAUUUUUAAGUGACUAAUUAUCAGCUGGUAAAAUUCAAGCAUAGAUAGGUACAGCAUGUUAAUGGAUAGGUAAACAAUACUUUGAAAGGCAAAGAAGACGCAAAAGAAAAAAGAAGAACUCUAAACGAAUAAGGUAAGGAUAAACUUCAUAAGACACCUUGCGUCAUUGUUUGGUAAGAAGACUAAUGCUGGUUGCAGUGCGUUUAUCAAUCGUCACAAGAAGAUUCAUAGCAGUUGUGUGGUGGAUGUAUGAAAGAUAUGUGCAAGAUGAAGUCUUUGCGAAGGAAACAUAAAAUGGCUUAGUUGUGGUGUUGACGUUUGAAGUUUUGCUUAAGAGGUUAGUAUAUUCUCGUCUCAAAAUGACGGAGAUUUCAGCUGCUCCUUCGGAGGCGACACCAUUUGGAGUCAAGUUGAGACCUCACUCGGAAAGACGAGUUCCAAGGAAAAAGAAAGCAACAAAAGCACUUUCGAUGUCAUUUUUGGAAUGCAAUGAACCAAAAUUCAAAGAGUUUUAUGUAAAAGAGUUCAAAGAUUUGCAGGAUUUUAAACCAGACAGUGACGCCAACACGCUUUCAACAUCUCGAAACAAGUGGUUCACCGCUGUCAAUGCAAAGAGGACUCCAAAAGAACAAAAAGACAACAACGACAACAACAACAACAACAACAAUAUCAGCGACAACAAUAACAACAGCACCUCCGACGGUUCAUUAAAUAAUUCAUCUAAGCGUCGAUCAUGUACAUUUGCGUCGGACUUUUUCUAUACCGGUAAAAACGAAUUAAACAGUAUCAGCGCUAAUGCAAAGCCUGUUUUACAGCGUUGGGCUUCGAGAAGCAAGGUAAACAUAGCGAAAAGAAACAGUGACCUCGGAGCAUCUUCGGAAAAUAUUUCACGAAGUGAAUCAACAUCAAAUCUUUUAAAUCAAGGCCUUAGUAACACUCCUUGGGGGAAGUAUUUUAAACCCCGUCCUCUUUCGACAUCUUCCGACAUUUCUAGCUUAAACAGAAGAGAUUCAAGUUUUGUAAAUUUAACCGCUGCGAAGGAGAAUGAUGCACUAAAUUGUAGCUUGGCUAAUGAAAACGUCAUUAAAACAAACGAAACUGUGACAGGACGAGUUGAAAAUAGAAUCACGGAAACUAUCUCACCAAAUGCUAAAAAUAAUAACAGCAAAAUUAGUCAAAAGAAUACAAUUAACGGAUGUUCUGAACUUUUAAACAAACAGAAAGGCAAAAAAUCAUCCGUGGAGGAGAACAGGCAAAAGAAAGUACUGAAGCGUGACGACAGUUCGUUAGGCACGAAUUUUAAAAAUUACGACGGUAAUUUUAUCGGGAAAUCAAUUUCAAACGAAAGUAAAAAUUUAAUCCGAAUAAAAAGUCUAGACGAUUUUAAUAUCGAUAAUGCGAAUGAAAAAAUUAAAAGAGAAAAUUUAAGCUUGUCAUUCUCGACGCAAAAUUUGCCUGAGAGGAAACAUUCGCUUACGUUAUACAAACAAGAUCAGAAAACCGCAAGUGUUGGUCAGAAUAAAGAGAGAAAAUCACGCAUAAAAAGAUCAAAGUCGGAUCUAUUUAAAAACGAAUACGUGCAUAUCGACUUUUUGCAAAAGCCGCUAAAGUCAGAUAAGCAUUUCAAUCCAUCGGGGGAAAAGCCCAUUGAAAUUAUCCCUAAAGAUAAUAAAAAUCGUAAAAUUAGUGCUACUGGCUUGAAUCAAAGAGGCAAAGAUAUAAACUCAACACGGAAAGAUAGUUACACGGAUGAAAAGGAACAUUUUAGAAAGCAUCGACAGCUUUUAAUAAAGAAAUGUGAUAUCGAUAUUGAUUCUGAAUCGCUGUUAAAUAAACCAACAGCUGCGAAAUCUUAUACCGACGUCGACGAUCAAAUAAGCGGGUUCGUGUCACGAAAAAAAUCGCCUCAACACUCUCCCCGUGAAAAUACAACAAUUUCAAUAACAAACGAGAACAAAAAUAUCGCACUUGCUCGAAGCAAAUCAGAACCUUCCAUGAAAAUUUAUCAACAAAACUACGAGGAAGAGUCAAAACACGAUCAAAAAUCAGCGUACAAUUCAAAUAGUGUUACCGAUAUCAAAACAAAUGAUGUUAUAAUUGGUGACUAUUAUAACAUAGCUAUGAGCAACCACGUUCAAAGAAGAUUCUCUGCAACGCCUGGUUGUUAUUACGAUGAAAGAAAUUUAAAUAAUACGUCACCAAACUUAGUCGAAGGAUCAACAAAGCAUAAUAAAAACAGCUUAGAUAAUUAUCGAGAACUUAUAUCUAAAGAAAAAAAUUUAGCAAAUAGAAGCAAUUCCUACGAUUUAAGUGACAUUAGCGUGAAUGGAAGAAUACACAAAGACAUUGAUGUAACAAGAAAAAGCUCUUGGACGUCGUAUGAUAAAAAUUCAACCAGUUUUAGGUCUGAAAAAAGUUUAAAAGAUACAGUAUCAACUUCAUAUGGAAAUUAUCAUCCUAAAUCUGCUUAUUUAAGAAAAAGACUACAAGAAAUUAACAAUGAGAAAAGUAAUCCGUCAAAAGAUAACACAGACAGAGAAAGACUGAGAACUCGACCACGAUCAGUUACUACUAAUCAAGGAAGAUAUGAUCCAGUAGAAAUUGACUCAUUUAUAAAGUCAUAUAAAGAUAGACAAUUAAACUACAAUUGCCAAACACCUGCUAAAUCAUCGAGUUUAGUUAACUCAGGUUAUGAGGAUUUGGACUCAAUUUUAGUAAGAAGUCGAUCAUCCUCUCCAGAGUCAACAAGUUAUCACUUAAAAAAAGAACUGACUUGCAAAGGACAAAUAUCUCAAAAAGAAUCAAAUAUUUCAGAAAGUGAAUUUCAGGAGAAUAAUUUUGACUAUAGUGAAAUGGAUAAUUUUUUUAAAAGAAGUGCAUCUGUAAGAACAAGUGGAAGUAGAUUCAAACGUAAUGACAAAUCAAGGCUGUCUGAAAAUAGCUUGGAUGGCAAAACACCUUUUAUAAGAAAUGCACCUUCUCGAAGUUCUGAAAGAGACAGACCUUUGAUAUCGGAUAAUAGUGAAUCUCAGACAGUAACUAAACAUACUAGCCCUUCAGUUUUUGGCUCUAUAAGAAGGGUUCAUGUCUCAAAAAUAUCUGGUGCUAGUGAAUUGAAAUCUUCUGCACAUUUCAGGGAAAAGAAGAAAAAUGAAAGUGAAGAUAAAAGGAAAUCACCUACUGAACAGCCAGCUCGAAAUUUUCAAGAAGAUCAUGUUGCUGAUGAUAUAGGUAGAAAUUGCAAUGGUGAAGACGACAGAGGUGACUCCAGUAUCCAGCCUGGUGGAAAACAUGGUGGUUUUUCAAUUUUUUCUCUUCAUAAGAAAAAAAGCCAAGAGCCAAUUUCACCACAAAGCCCAAAGUUAGAAAGACAUCGCAAGCAGUCCCUGUCAUCAUAUUUCAGUUUCAAAAAAGACAAAAACAAAAACAAAGACUCACCACCUACAUCGCCAAAGCUUAAUAAAUCAAAAAGUGUUGACCAGGGUGAUUCUUUGGGUGAAACACCCUUAUCACCAUCCCAUAACAAAGACCGUAGAGGAUCGGGAUUAUUAAAAUUAUUUCACAAAAAGUCGCAUAGUCCUCAUGGAGAAUCUUCUAGCAGUGCCAUUCAAGUGAUUGAAGAAACAUCUACUGAAAAUGAGACUAGUAAAGCUAAAAGUGAAGGUGAAGUUGCAAUCCGAAAAACAGAGAAAAUUGUUAAAGCUCCAUCUGUUAUCAAAACUUCUAGUACUGUCCAAAUAAAGGCAAAACAGCCUGAUGAAAACACAAAGAAAAAAACAAUAAUACGGGUCACAGCAAGAAGAACUCAAAGUGACUUAACCAAUUCUUGGGGAAAAUCAGAUAGGGGAAAUUCUGUAAGGACUCAAAGUUUAAAUGAAGAACCCAAAAGUAAACCUUUAAAUAUUAAAAUUAGUAAUAAUAUGAGCAAAAACGAGGAAGAACUUGUAAAAUCAGAAGAUUUUACUCAUAUUGAAGUCGAAAGUAAGAAAGGCCUUGAACAUGAAAUUCCAGAUUUUUUGUCACCUGAAGAUAAGUUAAAUGUUAAUAAUCCUGCUGAUGUAGAAAAACUAAAUGGUCAUGAAAAAAAAUAUGUAGAUGGAGACUCUAAAUUAAAAUGCCAUUCUACUACAAAUAAUAACGCAGACAAUGGGCUUCCUUCUGAGCUUUUUGCCGCUGAAAAAACUCUAAAAAAUACUCCUUUGUCAUCUUUAAAUGUACCAGGUGUUAAUGAUAUGGGAAGCACUGAUUCGUUAUACGAUAGUGAUAUCGGAUCAAAAAAUCGUAGUCGAAAUAAGGAAAGAAUAAGAAAUCGCAAAGCAGCUCGAAAAGAAGCCUUAGAAAGGCACAAAUCUCUUCCGGUCGGUUUUGGGGAUGUUGAAAUUGAUUUUUCAAAAGCAAACGGAGUUGUUGAAAAACCUGAGAAUGAAAAUAAUAACCAAGCUAUUGCGCCCAACACAGCACAAGCUCCCAAAGUUAGGAAGAAACACAAAGCACGAAGAGCAAAUACAGAGUUUAUUAUGAAUGUACCACACAUGGAUCAGGAAGGUUCGUCUAUGCAGUCUCGAGAUGAUGGUAUUGUCAUGAGACGAAAUAACAAGCGUAACCAACGACGUGCUGACCGUCCAAGGACAUUAACUGCUGGUAUUGAUCCUGAUUUGAUAUUUAAUCAAAAAGAGGAUAUUGAUGUUGGUGAAGAGAAAAAAUCAGGUGUUGUUAAUGAGAAUCUAAGCUUUGCAGAAGUUAAAAAGAAAUUACUAGAAGGUCUCACAGAUGAUAAAAAGGUACCAGAAAAAGUAUCUGGAAAAGAGAGGCAAAAGAUUAGGAGAACAAAAUCUACAAAACGUUACAAGACGAUUACUGAAGGUAUUGCACCAAGGGAUUUGGAAUUAGCAAAACAAGCUAUGGAAGCUCAACAUGGUGAAAACGGGACUAAAAAUACAAUAGAUAAAGAUACUUUAGCACAAAUCACUGCUGCAUUAACUUCAACUAAUGACAAACGUAAAAGUUUUAUAGUCGAGAGCCGUCCACCCAGCAGGUAUCAAUCACUUGAGAAUUUGCAUAAAUCAGAUGAAAAUUUAAAUACAAAGACAGAUACCGCAGCUGUUAUUCCACCACCCCGGGCAUUGCAACGUACUAAAAGUAUGACAACAAUGCAUUUACAAUUGGAUCAUGAUGAGGAUGAGGACGAAAUAGAAAUCAAACCUUUAUCAGAGCUGAAGAAUAGAUUUUUGCAAGCUAUGGAGGACACAAAACAAAAGCAUUUAAAUAAAAAAACUCCGAUAGAAAUAAAACGUAGAAAUAAAACAAGAAGUCGCAAGGACAGACCUCACACUAUAUGUGGGUUGGAUGAUAUUACCAUGGAACAACUAAAAAAUGAAAUUAGUGACACACCAGAAAAUACUUUCAAGAAGAAUCAAGAAGAAAAGCAACAAGUAGAAACCAAGGAGAAGGAAGAAAGUGAGAUAAAUGUAGGCAAACCACAAAAAAGAGAAAAGAAGAAGUAUCAAAGAGCAACUAGCCAAAAAUUAUUUGAUGACCUGUUUGAUGAUAUUGAUGAUAUUUUAGAUAAUGGAAUAUCUGAAUCUGAUCUUGCUGAUGUGCUUGGAUGCAACCCCUCUUUGCAUCAAGACAGUACACCAGUUGAUUUUGAUGUUGGAAACGAGACUACAAAUACUGUUACUAGGCAAGAAGAGACUAAAGAAGAAGUUCCUAAGGAGGUUCUUCCUGAGAAAGAAAUUAUUCCAAAUGGCCCACAAGUACCAUUGUCUGAUUUGGAUUUUAUAUCAAGCCAGACAAAACAACUUUCGUCUAACAUUGCCUCUAAUAAAAGAAGCUUGAGACCACAACGUAAACAUCGAAGUGCAGUUAACCCUGUAAAAACAUUGCAGCAAAGGGAAGAUCUUAUUGACGAAACUGAAGUAUCUAACAGACCAAAGGCUGCUGAACAUAAAGGUUCACUGCAAAGAAAUGAUCUCGCAGAAGAAGCAAUCAGCGCACUACGUGCCACAGUGGAUUUUUCAAAAACGAAACUUCGUAAAGUGGAAGUGGGUAAAAAAGCGUCUGAUAUACUGGCAGAGAAUUUCCAUCCAAGUGAAGUGAAGAAUCUUCUUUUACAAGUAAAAGGACGAAAGAAGUGUCAAACAACUGUUGUUGAAUACAAACCUGAAUCGUUGAAUUCAAAUGAUUGCUUUGUUGUUGUCACACCAAAAGAUCUAAUUUGCUGGACUGGUGCCCAAUCUAAUGUAAUUGAGAGAGCUAAGGCUGCUGAGGUAGCUUCACGGAUUAAUCAGAAGAAAGAGAUUGGUUGUAAGGCAUCUGAAGUGUCGUAUGUUGAUCAAGGUAGCUCCAUUGACGGUAGAGUGUUGCGUGCCCUUGGUGGAACUGCUUCAUCAACUGUGAAUUUGAAACGCACUGCAAUUAACGAUGAAGACUUUGAGAAAACUAUGAUAUCUGCCUACAUGACAUACAUUGUAUGUGAAGUUAACGAAACACCAGAACUCAUUCCGCUGGAUUCACAAUGCCACAGGAUGCCUAGCAAGGAAAUUUUACAAACAGACUCUACUUUUGUCUUUGACUUCAUAACGGAGGUUUAUGUGUGGCUUGGUCGUCAAACUGGUUCCCAACAAAGAAAACUUGUUCAAGAGCUAGCUGCUGAGAAAUUUAAAGAAGGAUACUACAAACUCAUUCUCGAAUCAAAUCAUUUACACGCAGUGCAUGCUAGCCAUCUAGGUUCGUCGCGAAAGAUCUCCAUUACUGCAACAACAGCUCAUCACCGACGUGGAAGUAAGCCACACCGGCGUGCCAGUAUUCAACAGGGGCGGCAUCAAAAACGCGAAAUGGUCCCAAGACCUAAUCAUUCGUUGCUCCUACAGUUAUAUGAAGGUUCCGAAUGGGUUAUAUUUAAAGAAAAGUUUUGCGAUUGGCCAGACGAGUCGCGUAUUAUUCGAAUGAAGGGAGGCGCAGGGGGAGAAGCAAAGAACGUUUCCACGGAUAUUAACAUCGAAGUAGUUGACGUCUCUUCUAUGGUGACUGUACCCCCACUCUUUAAAAUGGUGCUCGAGAAUGUCGAUGUAGGCCGUGGGCGUGGCAUACCAAAGGGUAUGGAUGGGUAUCACAUCAUUACUUUAGAUGUUAAAACAUGGCACGUUUGUGAUAACAACAGCAUUCUAAUGCCAGAUGCAAGUUUUGGACAGUUCCAUUCAGGUGAAGGAUAUGUAAUUCGAUGGCAGUACAGAGUGGUUAAAGUGCGUGCAUUACGUAAUUGCUCAGAUAUCAUGAAAGCUGGUGGCAUGGAAAGAUGUUGCUAUUUCUUCUGGCUGGGAAAUGAUUGCACGGUGAAUGAAGAAGGAGCAACUGCGGUGAUGACGCUCGAACUCGAUAGUGAGAAGGGACCACAGAUUCGUGUAGUGUUAGGCAAGGAGCCACCAGCUUUGUUGAAUUUGUUUGAUGGAUGUAUGGUGAUUCACGCGGGGAAACGCCCAGCACAAGGUGUACGUGACCAGUUCACAGAUCAAUCAGUUAUCAGAUUGUACAGCGUGCGCAAUGAAGGUGAAUCUGAGGCUUGCUUGUUACAAGUUCCAGCAGUGUGCGAGUCAUUAAGGUCGAGGUCGAGUUUCGUUUUGUUGUUGUGUAGUCAAGGUGAAUUGUUUUUGUGGCAUGGUUGUCGCUCGAACGAAGGUACAAGAAAGGCUGCGGAACACGCUGCGCAAAUGUUGAUACAAAACCAUCCUGAAGAGGCUUCGAUCGGACAGAAAACUGAAAUAUUUUUAACCGAAGUUGAAGAAGGAGAAGAACCACAAGUAUUUUGGAUUGCACUUGGUGGUGAAGAAGAUUACGGAAGUCUGCUAGAUGAUCCAUCUGAUGUCUCCGAUUUGUCUCCUCGAUUAUUCCAUCUUGAAAGUACAACAGGCACUUUCUUGUCACAUGAAGUUCUAUGUCCAUCAAAGACACCCAGUUUCAAUUGUCCCUUUCCUGUACUACAAGACGAUAUGUACAAUGUUGAGCAACCUGCAAUUUUUUUGUUGGACGCUGUCACUCAUGUCUACUUGUGGUUUGGUUGGUGGCCGGAUGAAGAUGAAACAGACGCCAUCAUGUCUCGUAGGAGACGCUAUGACGAAGAACGAAGAAAGGCAAUGGAAAGUGCAGUUUUAUAUGCACAAGAGGUUGGUCGUCCUUUGGAAAGCCUUUACGCAGUAUAUGCAGGCCUGGAACCUGAAUCGUUCAUUGAGCUGUUCCCUUACUGGGUUGUGCAAGAUGAUAUAACAGACCUCCAGCUGGACGAGGGAAUCGAAGAAGAUAAACUGUACAAAAUCACUGAAGAAUUAGCUAUAUUUACCAAGGAUUUCUAUACAAUCGAAGAGUUGAGAGCUAAACCUCCACCACAAGGUGUUGAUCCAACGAAGUUAGAAAAAUAUUUGUCAGAGGAAGAUUUUCUUGAGGUAUUUCGUUUCCACAAGGAGACAUUUUAUAAAUUACCAGUUUGGCAACAAACUAAUUGGAAAAAGAAGGCAGGAUUGUACUAAAAAGCAUCCAUGCUUUCAACGUGUCGGAAAAGCCAGAAGCUGUCUUCAAGGAAGCUUUUUUCAAGAAAGCUAUCAAAAGUAUGGUUUACAGCUGUGUAAAAAUUUACUUAAAUAUUUUUUUAGCAAUCAGUAGUAAUCUCUAUUUUCUACCUGCCUUGCCUCUUUCGUACAGAGCAAAAAACGGUGUCUGAAAUACCCCUCGCUGCACAAACGGAAAAUCAGACUUUUUAAGAAUAAUUUUGUUUUUUAUAUCUGAGACGCUUCGUAUUUAUCGUACCCUAUUGACUCUUGCUGUGUUGGCCCUCGGUGAGGCUGGACCUAAGACCAACACUAGAGAUUUAACUGUGGAAGCUUAAGAACAUAACCGAAAAGGGGCCGGCGUAAUAAUGUCUAAAAGGACGUGUGAAGAACGUGCAGUGCUAACCAGUAUUUCCUUUAUUUUUGCAUAUGUUGAUUUUUUAUGAUUUCUAUAAUGUGUAAUCUAAAUUUUAAAUUUUAAAUGUUUUUGUUUUCUGUUUUCAUAUAUGUAUAUAGCUCAAUUUUAAAGUAUUUUUAAUUAUUAUAGCGCUCCAUUUCAAUGGUAGAGCUGUUGAUAUUGUUUUUUGUAAAUAGCUAUAUAUUAUAUAUAUAUGGAUAUUAGUUUUAUUAUUAAACACGAAAUCACUUACUUGCGGUUCUUUUUAAUUUAAUGCAACCUUGUAAAAUUUAUAGACUGAAGAAACAGCAAACGCAGAACCUCA